CAGUGAAGGGUGCAUAUCUUUGUAUGAAUGUGUUUGAGUGCGCGUGUAUGUCUUGUGUGUAGUUGUAAACAUUUGUGUAUAGUGUAAAUCUAGCGAUCAUGGUGAAAUUAACGCCGGACUUGAUUUAUCAAGCUAUGCAGUACAUUAACCCUGUAAGAGAUCGCGAAUUGGAUUUAAGAGGUUACAAGAUACCAGUCAUCGAAAACAUGGGAGCAACUUUGGAUCAGUUUGACUGUAUAGAUUUUUCAGACAAUGACAUCAGAAAGUUAGAUGGAUUUCCACUUUUGAAACGUCUGAAAUGGCUGUUACUCAAUAACAACAGAAUUGUUCGUAUAUCUGAAGGUUUGGAAAAGUCCUUACCAAGUUUGGAGACGCUUGUGUUAACCGGAAAUCAAAUACAGGAACUGGCGGACUUGGACCCACUGGCAAGCAUCAAAUCACUAAGAACUCUAAGCCUUCUGCACAACCCAGUGACUACGCGACAGCAUUAUCGUGCAUAUGUUAUUUUCAGAAUACCACAUUUACGUGUACUGGAUUUUCGAAAAAUCAAAAUGAAAGAGCGAGAAGAUGCAGCUGCUCUAUUCAAAAGCAAGAAAGGCAAGGAGCUGCAGAAAGAGAUUGCCAAAAAAGCAAAAAAUGCCUUCCAGAAUGCCGCUGCUGCAGGAUCUUCAGAGGAGCAGAAGCCUACAGGACCCACAGCAGAAGAACUGUGGAAGAUUAGAGAAGCUAUUUCGAAGGCCAGUUCAUUAGAAGAAGUGGAAAGGCUCAACAGACUACUUCAAGCUGGGCAAAUACCUGGGAGGGCACAUCCUCCAGGAGUUUCGCAAAUGGACGAAGAGAUGGACGAAGAGGAGUCGUCACACAACCGCUCGAUGAUGAAUGGGAACUGAAGUGACAUUGGUUUUGUGAGUUAUGUUGCUGGAAACUAUUAAUAUCUUUAAGAACUGUUUAUUCUUAUGACAUUUGUGAACAUGAGUAGUCUCCCUGUUUAAUAUAUUAAUCCAUUUUGUCGGCACAAAACAUUAAUGUAAAUUGUCUUAAAGUGUAUCUCAAGGGUACCUCCUUUCCUUUUAUUAAAUUCUGAUUGAGGAAAUGGA